GGUGGCAAUCAGGCUGGUGAAAGCAAGCUCUGCUAUAGGUUGGACUUACUCUCAGUGUUAGAAUGGGAUGAGAGAACAAGCUGAGAGGAUGUUAAGAUGGAUAAUGCCAAGAAUAGACAGUGUAUUGGAUGAUCAUUAUGGAGCGUGUUGUUUGAUAUGAUGUGCUUCAUUGACUUGUGAUGGGCACAAUAGCAGCAUUGCUUGGGAUGAGCACUCCGGAAAGCUUUUGGAUCUGUUUCACUAGCCACUACUCAUUUCACAAUUGUUAACAGUGUUGUGUGUUCAUCCAGGUUCUUGCAAACAGGUGCUUUCCAGGUUGUCUGCUUCUAGUGCUUUUAUUAUGAAUCCUACCUUAAUGCACCAGAGUGUUUUUGGCUUGAAUGUUUUCAAAUCAGUUUGCAUUAUCAUGUCAGCCAAAGCCAUUUACUUUGUAGUAAUUGGAAUUGAUCAAGGCACUAUUUAGAGUCCAAACGUGUAUAAUUUGCCAAAUAUACAAGAUUUUUCCAUUGUCAAAAAUUAAGUGCCUUGGUGAACUGUGAUAUGAUCUAGAGACCAUUGAAAUGCUUGUCAAAAUUAGUGGAUUUAUGUUCUAGAUAUCAUUAAUGGGAAGAAAGACUUGUGUUAUUUGAGCUGUUUGGGUGAAGUUAAGGAGGUUUUCAGGUGCAUUAAGUGAUAGGUGUUGAUAGGGGCAACUGAGGUCGACAGUUAUUCAAAUAGCCCUUGGACAGGGCAGUGUUAACAGUGCCUUAGGUCUUGUUCCUGUGCUUCCAAGUUACAGAGAUUUUUUUGACUGCCAAAAGUACUUUAGCCCGCCAUUAGGAAGCUUUACAGUGGACUUGCCAGAGACUGACAGCAGUUGUGUUGUCUUGUGAACCAUAUUUGCUUUAAAUGAGCCACAUUGAUCCAAUCAAAGGAUAUUAAUGUGUUACCAGUUUGUAUCCAACAGUAAUUCCAAAUAGGCUGAAAAUUUCUACAUAACAACAGAUUUGAAACAAAAUCUGGCAUGAGAAACAUUCAGGAUAUAUGACAAGAGGAUCCUUCCAUCCAGUGGUGUGUCUUCAAUAUACACGGCUUCAUUAUGGAAUGUGUGAUGCAGCUCUAGCUGUGACAUCAAACCUCACGCCCCCUGAUGCAGCCUAAAGUGUCCGCGUUUUGCCCUGAUGACACUCCACGUUGCAGGUGUUGAUCCAGACACCCAUGCACACCUGACUUACCUGCUGUUGAAGCAGUUGCCCCACCUGUCCCCCGCGAACCUGCCCCCUCACGCCUAUACGCUGGCACACACAGGCAGGGGUAAGGGAUAUGGUCCUCCGCUACCCCCGCUGAUUGCCCUGGGGAAAGGGGCGCCAUCAUCGUCAUCAUCUUCACGAGUGACAUCGGUUUCAUCAUCCAGUGGAAGUUUUGUACGGGAGCGAUUAGAUGAGAUUCUUGUAGUCCGAGGACGAGGCUUUACCCGCACACCUAUCGAUGACCGCCCACCGCUUGACAGUGUUGAUGAGGAUCCCAUCAUGCGUCAGAUCCUGGACAGCAUACAUGAGCCUGUAUCAAGCCUCAACACAACCCCAGCAAGCAGUGGGCGGUCCUCCCCCACGAUCGAAUCACACAGCACCCUGUCAGCAUCACAUGGAGGGUGGACGACUGGCAACACCACCGAGAGGAGCAGCCUUGACUCCUCCUACUCUUGGGAUGAGUUUGACCGCCAGGCAGCAAAGACAGUGAACCAGCUGUUUGAUGAGAUUGAGCGGUUCUUGUUCGAAGGCAGCAGUGAGAACCCGUCCAGUAUAUUCAAGGAAUGCAAGGAUUGGAGCACACACUUUCCUCAUCUCAGGGUUUUGGGCACCCAGAAGGUGGAGCCCCAGGAUGAGGGUUUUCAGGAGAUCCCCCAGGACAGUCCUCGACUCUCCUCACCAGGGCUGCUCCUUGACGUCACAGACAACGACAUCUCCAUAUCAGCUGAUUCUCAGGGGCUCAGUGUAACGGGUAGACAGAUGAAGGCGAUGAAGGCACCCGUGGAUGCGGCAGCUAUCCACACAGACCGGGACUACUCCAAGAAUGAGUAUGCCUAUCUCUUUGAGGAAAUACUGGCACAAGAUGGCGUCUACGAGGAGGUCAUCGCCAUCGACUACAAGGAUGUCCAUGAAGACUCUGAACACAAGAAGCAGAUCACCCCUCGACGACGGCGGAUAGGUUAUCCCCCCAUCACCCCCAACGCUUGUGUGAAAGAUAGUGUAGCUAGUUCCGUGUUUGACUGCAUGUGGAAUGAGAUCAUCUCCUGGAUGAGGCCAAUUAUAAAGGAAUAUACCAUUCUAAUAGAAUCCAAACAAGAUCUAGUGCCUUCAUCAGGGUUCCAUGUGUCGCCCAUCGGCCUCCAUGACCCAGGACGCACAACCAGGGAGUCGUCCUACAUGGGCUUGAUGCAACCCAGACCAUUCCAGGCCCUGACACUACAGCGGGCCCACACUCACAUCGGCACGACAGACCCGCAGAAAUCCAUCGAUGGUUGUCUCCAGAUCUCCAGGGUUACUCUCAAAAACAAGAAUGCACCAGAGUCGACUGAUUCGGAAUCGGUAUCCCCGGCUCGACCUAGCUCCAGCAUGAUUGGCAAGCGGCCGACUAGCGUGAAGAUUCUGCCCUACCCCAGUCGGCGCAAGGCCCUGGCGCCUCUCCCUGACAGGUCCAAGACACCAAGUGUGGAGGAGGAGAUGCCAAACAGUAUCAGCAUCAGACGAAUAACACCCGCCCCCAUACAGAAGAACACCGCCCUCCCACCUCUAGCCUACGACCCGCAGCAGGAGAAGGGCAAGCGGAAAAUGACCUCGUUACGAGUCAGCAGUGCUAUUGAGAACAAGGAUGUGCGAACGCUUCACUUCAACCGGGAGAAGAGCAACCCGUCCAUCGACCCACGGCCCAGUACAACUCAUGCAAUGAGAUCUGAUACUCCUUUUCAAAUGGGAACUUCCGGGCGUCGGUCGUCAACACCGCUGGGCUACAGCAGGGGUAUGCUUCAUGGCAGCAAGUCUCUCGGCAUCACCGGCAGCAGUCUCCAGCACUCGUCCGACCUCGGUCCACCUCCCAACAUCAUGGAGAAUGAAGGGAUGGAAGAGAGUCCACUACACAACCAGUGGCCACCAAAUGCAUCUCGGAGGAGGACUGUGCGUACUUGAUAGGACAUGAGAAUUUUGCAAUGUGUGCAAGUUCGUGCCAUCAAUUGUGUCUUUCCACACUCAAGGAACUUAUCCCUUCAUCCUAACUUGUGAUACCAAACAGAAGAUGAGGACAUAGCCUGUGAUACAGGGAGAACCCGAUACACGCAGAGAACCCAUUAUGUAGAGAGAGCAAGUCGGGGGGUCUCUCAACAAGCACCUGUCUGUCCAGCUCUUAGCCAAAUGUCAAUGCCACGGUCUCUUGCUUCAACCUCUACAGCACUAGAAGUGGUGCAUCCAGGGAUGUGACACCGCUGUGUUUCUAAGAGGAUGUUGGGAUAGUAAAGGAUUCUGUUUCAAAAGGAAAGGUGGUUUAUUUUCUGCAUGUAACACCGCUGCCUUUCUUAGCUGAAGUUUGGAUGGUACAGGAUUCUGUUUCAAAAGGAAAGGUGGUUUGUUUUCUACAUGUAACAAUGUAUGGUAUGAAGAGAUGUGUCAUAUGUCCAAGUGUGUGUCCAUAGUCUCGGGCCCAUGCUUCAAUCACAAGAGGGGCACACAGAGUGUCAACCUUCAUGUUUCGGGCCAUGCUGCAGCUGAAACGCUAUCCGUGAGUGUCGGCACACAUAGGAGUGGUAGGACUGAGACGUGAUGUAUCAGCCCACUGGACCAUGUUCACAAAGGUCCAGCACUGUUCAACUGUAUUGUAUCAAUCAGACAUUUGGGAUUCUGGUCUCAGUGUAAGGAAAGCACACAUGACUUGUCUAUCAGACUUACUGUGAUAUGGUGCCUCUGGUGCCCUCCGGCUUCAGUGGGGGCCUCCUGCAGUUCCUGUGAUUAUUGUCAAGUUGGGCCUCAUCGGUCACAUUUACUCAGCCUGAUCUUUACCUCAUGCGAGUGUUAAGUAGUCCUGGAAACAAAUCUACAGACCUAUAUUUACAGAUAUUCUAAUAACACAAUAAUGAACACAAUAAUGAACACAAUAAUGAACACAAUAAUACAGAGACUCCUCACCAUGUAAUAUCGCCUACUGUAGAUCUGUUAUCUGUUAGCUGUGUUGUGAUUGUCAUUAUGAAUCCUGUGAUAUGUUCGACUAACCUGACACACACCAGGGGCAGCUGCUGCUUAGUCGUGCUUUGCCAACUUAGAGCCACUGUAUUGAGCUGUUUCUGUCCCAAGUAGCAAUAUUCAAGCCAUGCCUCGACCUGGCAAACCAGUGAUUGAUUGCAGGAGCACAGUCCACAUGGAUGACACACCUUUGGCAAGGUCACACAUUGUGACCAACCGAUCCUCAUCUUAGUCUACUUCAACAAGCAUGGGUUUGUAGGAUCUGCCAGGACAUGGUACCACAAGGCUGCUGUCUGUACUCCAGGGAUUAUUCAUUUGAAUCCUUAUGAAGCAAGUUCAGCUGCUUAGUCAGCUAAUGUGGGCCAUGAUACUAUCAUAGUUACAUUAGAACUAGUGGUGGGACGAUACACCGAAGCAUCGCUGGAUAGUGAUUUUUUACUUCUCUACAGUAAAAAGUAUCGCUUCUUACCUUUAUAUGUUUUCUUGAAUAAGUGUUACACCAAACACUAAUUACUAAUGAAAAUGAGUAGGGAAAACGUAAAUAUUUUCUUCCAUUGUGCCAUACCUGACACUGCCAACUGUUAAUCAUUAGUGUGCCAGGUAUUUGGCAAUCCUGUCUAUGAAAAAAGUGGCUUACGCAUCACAGAUAAGUGCACAUGCAAGUAUCAUGAUACGUAUCGGAUCGUGAGCAAGGUAUCGUGAUACGUAUCGGAUCGCACAGUUGGUGUAUCGUCCCAGCCCUAAUUAGAACUGACAGUGGCACGUAAUUAGCUUCAAGGGGAUGUGAUACGUAUCGGAUCGUGAGCAAGGUAUCGUGAUACGUAUCGGAUCGCACAGUUGGUGUAUCGUCCCAGCCCUAAUUAGAACUGACAGUGGCAUGUAAUUAGCUUCAAGGGGAUGUGAUACGUUAAUGUUGAUCUGUAGGGCCACAGUACCUUGUUUUGUUGAACCAUUCCGUGUAGUGCUUCCCAGUCUGCUGUGACAUGAUGACAUUGGUCUCAGUGUUGGUGCCAUGCCCCUGCAGGCAGACAAUUCAACAGUCAUUCUUAGAUAGCCAUUCAUAGAGCAGUUGUCUUUGAUUUGGGAGGUUAUCAAAAGGUUGAUGAAGCUGAUAAAACUAAUUAAUUUAUUUGUAUUUUUGAGAGAACUUACUAUCUCUUUGAUAUCAGAGGCAGUCACUGUCAUUACUUAAUAAAUUGCUUAAGAUGUUUUGUUAGUCUUUUUUUUUUUUUAAAGCCUGCUUUAAGUUUGCUGGUGAAAGAAAGGGAGUUUGACACAAGCAACAGUUCAAACCUUAAAUUCAUGCAGGCUUUCAGAUUGGUAUGUCUUCAAGGACAUUGACUGAUUGUAUUCUAAAAUGUCCUGAAGAUCUUAUUCAAAUAUGGUAAUGAAACAGAAGAUUGUUCUAUCAAGUGUUGAUAAAAUCCUGAAAAUUCCCUCAUGACAUUUUUUGGAAAUAUAAGUAGUCUGACAGGCAAUUUCCUGUUAUUAACAUUACAAUAAUUAAUUUGACAGCAAUUUAUUGACCUCGAUUCAACCCUGUUAUGUUUGCUCCUGCAUCAUUGACAGAUCAAUCUUCAAAUGUUUUACUGUUUUAAAUGAAUACUGGUUUAGUUACAGAAAUUAUUAUAAAAAAAGGCAGCUCUAUGAUUUGUCCACCUGCCUGAGCAACAUGUAUAAGCCAGGACACGGAACAUGUUUAAGCCAGGACACGGAACAUGUUUAAGCCAGGACACGGACAUGUUUAAGCCAGGACACGAACAUGUUUAAGCCAGGACACGGAACAUGUUUAAGCCAGGACACGGAACAUGUUUAAGCCAGGACACGGAACAUGUUUAAGCCAGGACACGGAACAUGUUUAAGCCAGGACACGGAACAUGACACGGAACAUGUUUGUUGUUGCAAUGUGUUCUGUUGUUGAGAACUGUAGCCUCAAAUAGUUCGCGCUGCUCUUUUCAUCUCAUAUAUGGUGCCACAAUCAUUAAUCAUUAUGCACAAGGGUCAAUAUGUAAUUUGUUUUUAUGAAAGUGCUACUGAUGUAAAUACUGUACAGAUGUGUUUGAAUGUUACUUGUUAUCAUCUAGCAUCAUGAACAAACUACUCGCAUGUGUACCACAGCCUCGCCUACAUACGGGUUACCUAAUCAUUCUUGUAGAUCCGAGGAUGUAACAUAUUUCUGUUGAUGACUGUUAAUCUCUUGGAGACUUGGGUAAUCAACAUCCUGAUGGGGGUAAACAAACAAACAAACAAACAAACAAACAAACAAACUGAUGGUUAUGAAAGAACACUGUCUUGUCUCUUAACAAAUGCAAAUGUUUAGAAUAGAAAACAAUCCAAAAAAGUGUCCAUAUGAUGGGAAUACCUGUUUCUUAAUACAUGUAGUUCCUGCAAGUGGUGACUAUAUGUGACCCUAGCUUUUCUAUGGCUGCCAAAUUUUAGAAUUGAUUCGAUUGGCAUACAUACUCCAUAAUUAUGAUCAGAUCUGGGCAUGUAGUUAAGUUGAAAAGCGAUAAUUGUAAAGUUAGACUUUCUUUUGAAUCUCUCUUCAGCCAUGGGCUUGGCAUUUCAACAUUAAUGCAACUUGUAGCUUUCUUUCAGUCUCAGUGUGGCAAACGAUUAUUUUAAAAAUAUAUUUCGCUUGCAGCUAGAGUACAAUUGUGUACAAUUUACAUUACUGUCUGAUAUCUAUUACAGUUCUGUUAGAAGGCAUGAAUGUAUCUACCUCCAAUUAGGUUUUUUUUAAAAUGCAAAAAACUAUUUCCCAACAGCGGAUCUUGUGCUUAAAUGUGAUGACUGGGUAAUUUGUAUUGAUGUUAUUCUUGCCACACUGACAUUGUAUAGAAAGGUAUUGGUUUUCAUCGAGGAGGUACCACUUGUCUGUGGGUCUUAAGCAUUGUGUAGAUAAUGUGUAUCCUCCUGACUAACCUUUGUAUGGACUAAUAUGGUUCAAGAACUAAUGGCUUAUAUGCAUAUUGUAUGGUGUACUCAUUUCUCAUUAUCAAGUUUCAAUGUGAUUAUUUCCGUUACUAGGAAUGUUAUCAACUGGCAGUUGUACAUAUGAAAGCUUUGUGAUUACAUCAAUGUAGCCAUGUGCAAUAAAUGGAACAGCCAGGUACAUAGUUGUAAAUAAAUACAUUUCUCUUAUCA